AAAAUUGUAGCAGGCGCCGCUAAUAAACCUGUGUAUGUGUGCAGGUCCUGUUAACUUCCGGUUUUAGGUUUCGGUCUGGUAUCCGGCCCUAGAGGGCAGUAGCGACUGUCUCAAUCUUCUAUUCCGGCUGACCCGCGCAACUCGCGUGAGACAAGCAGACAAAUAAAGACAACAAACAUCUGAAACACAAUGAGUGUUGACGUGAAGAAACUGAAAGUCAACGAAUUAAAAGAGGAGCUCCAGCGCCGCGGCCUGGACACCAGAGGCCUGAAGGCAGACCUGGUGGAGAGGCUGAAAGCCGCUCUGGAGGUUGAAGCCCAAGCUGAUACCUCAGAGCCAGGGGAGCCAGAGGAUGAAUACUGCCAGGACACCCAAGACAACGACGAUGGAGAAGAUGCCGAAGAGCAGCAAGAACCAGCUGAGGACUAUGGUGAUGGUGAAGUUGAAGGAGAUGGUGAAGGUGAAGGUGAUGUCCCUCAAGAGGAAGAUGAGGGUAGAGAUUCAGGUGGUUACUACGAGGAUGAGGAGGCAGAAGGCGAACCUUACGAAAGUCAACUAACUUCAGACUCAGGUCACAGCAUGCCUGACUUCACUGCAGAUGUCAAUAUACACAAAUCUGACAUGAUGUCAGAGGAAGAGACCAAGCCUGUGCCAGAGCCAGAGGAGAACGUUGAGAGCAAACAAGAAGUCAAAGUGGAGGUCAAAAUAGAAGAUGACCGCGAGGCUGCUGGAGACAGGCAACAAGAUAUUCAUGGCACAGAACAUCAGCGCGAGCAAGAUGGCGCCGCUCAGGGUGAGCAAGUCAAAGUGGAAGCUGAUAAAGGUGGACACUACGGCCGCAAGAGACCACAUGAGGAGAACAGGGGUUACGGCUACUAUGAGCACCGCGAGGACAAGAGAUCCCGCACACCACAGCCCCCUGCUGAAGAUGAAGAAGAGAACAUAGAUGACACUCUUGUCACAAUUGAUACAUACAACUGUGAUCUGCACUUCAAAGUGUCCCGAGAUCGCUACAGUGGUUAUCCACUGACCAUCGAAGGCUUUGCUUAUCUGUGGGCUGGAGCAAGAGCUUCACAUGGUGUCACCCAGGGCCGUGUGUGUUAUGAGAUGAAGAUCAAUGAGGAAAUUCCCGUAAAGCACCUGCCUAGUAGUGAGCCAGAUCCCCAUGUGGUCAGAAUUGGAUGGUCACUCAACCACUGCAGCACUCAGCUUGGUGAGGAGCCCUUUUCCUUUGGAUACGGAGGAACAGGAAAGAAAUCCUCUGACUGUAAGUUUGCAGACUUUGGCGAGAAGUUUGGUGAAAACGACGUCAUCGGCUGUUACAUUGACUUUGACAGUGGUGACGAGGUAGAGAUGGGCUAUUCUAAGAAUGGAGUGUGGUUGGGCGUUGCUUUCCGGACAACCAAGAAGGCGCUGGCAGGCCGUGCUCUGUUCCCUCACGUCCUGGUGAAGAAUUGUGCUGUUGAGUUCAACUUUGGACAGAAGCUGGAGCCGUACUUUCCCCCACCAGAAGGAUACACAUACAUCCACAAUCUUGACAUGGAGAACAAAAUCAGAGGCACUAAGGGACCUGCCACCAAAUCUGAAUGUGAGAUCUUGAUGAUGGUUGGCCUGCCGGCCUGCGGAAAGACCACUUGGGCCAUAAAGUAUGCAGAGACUAACCCUGAGAAGAAGUACAACAUCUUGGGCACAAAUGCCAUCAUGGACAAGAUGAAGGUGAUGGGUUUGCGUCGCCAGAAGAACUACGCCGGGCGCUGGGAUGUUCUGAUACAGCAGGCCACCCAGUGUCUGAACAGGCUGAUUGAGAUUGCUGCGCGCAAGAGACGCAACUACAUCCUAGAUCAGACAAAUGUAUAUGGAUCAGCAAGGAGACGAAAAAUGCGUCCUUUUGAAGGUUUUCAACGCAAGGCUAUUGUAAUUUGUCCCACGGACGAGGAUUUAAAAGAACGAACAUUAAAGCAAACCAAUGAGCAGGGGAAGGAUGUGCCCGAUCAUGCUGUUUUAGAAAUGAAAGCCAACUUUACUCUCCCUGAGGCUUGCGACUUCCUGGAGGCGGUGACGUUCAUUGAGCUGCAGCGAGAUGAGGCUGAAAAUCUGCUGAAGCAGUACAAUGAGGAGGGCCGCAAGGCUGGCCCGCCCCCUGAGAAACGCUUUGACAACAGGCAAGGCGGGUUCCGUGGCCGCGGCAGUGGUAGCUUCCAGCGGUAUGACAACCGUGAUGUGUCCCGCGGUGGAUACCAGAACCGCAGUGGAGAUGGAGGCAGUGGAUACAGAGGAGGCUACAAUCGUGGCAACUAUAGCCAGAACCGUUGGGGCAGCAGCUACCGCGAUGGAGGCUCUGAUGCACGCGGUGGAUAUAACCGCAACCAGCAGUCAGGAGGAAGCUACAAUCGCCCAGCCCCUUACAACAAGGGAGGAUACAACCAGAGCUACAGCCAGAGCUACAGUCCAGGGUACAACCAGGGCAGCUACAACCAGAAUUAUUACAGCAACUACAGUCAGUACCCAGGAUACAGCCAGAGCUACAGUCAGACACCUACCACUGCCCAGACAUACAACCACCACCAGCAACAGCCACAGCAGCAACCGCAGCAGCAGCCACAACAACAGAGCUACAACCAGCAAUAUCAGCAGUAUGCUCAGCAGUGGCAGCAGUACUACCAGAACCAGAACCAGUGGAACCAGUAUUACAGCCAGUACGGCAGCUACCCUGGACAGGGCAGCCACGGCUCAUCUUCUGGUUCUCAGUAGCUUCACCCUGCAUCUGUACCUGCAUCCACCUGUGUCCUAAACACUCUGACCUCUGCAGCAAAUCGAUUUUGUACAGUCCCCAACCAUAACUGUCUCUGUCUGGUUUAACACAGUAGCCUUCAUUCCUUACCAAUCAAUGUACACAUAAACUGUAUACAGUUGAUGUCUUGUCAUUUUUUUUUACUGAAUGAAGUCUUACUCUAAGCAGUGACCGUGAGGUGGUAGAUAGGUAUCAAAACAUUUAAUGAAUGUUAUCUAUUAUGCAUUGAAUGUGGAUGUCUGUUGAACUGCAAACUCCACAUUUGCCACAGGUCGAAGAGGUAAUUGUAUAUUUUUAGGAUACAUAGUGUGAAAAAGUGACAGGGCAGGAAAAAUACAGCAAAGCCUGAAUAAUUUUGCUUGUUUUGAGAAGCUUAACAAAGAACAAAAUGCAUGCUUUUUACCUUCAUGACCCUUUCCUCUGUCUUGCUCUUUAUUUUUCAGUUACCGAGUGAGCAUAUUUCAUUUACUCCAAUAGAAUUCAAACAUGGAACAUUUUUUUUUAUAGGUGUUGAUUCUGUAGUAUUUAAGUGUUAAUCCAGUCUUUGAUUGAGAAGUAUAUUUUGCCACUUUGAGUAGUUGUAUGUGUUUUAUUUUUUAUUUUUAUCGCUUUGUAAUUGGUGUUCAUUGAGUCCAGUAGUUAAAUCCUGUUGUCUAACCCAUUUUUUUCUACCUGAAAAUGAAAAUCUGAUUAUGACCAGUUAUUCAAGUCUUCUUGUCUUUAUACAAUAAAUGCAAUUGUAUACGCCUGUA